AUGUUUCUUCUAGGUGAAAAAGCCAGAGAAGAAGCAAAGAAGUCUAUUAAGGGUUUGGCUGCCCACGCCAAGUCUUCUGAAGAGAACCAUCAUGAGGCUCUUUACCUUGUGCUCAAUACCAAGAUCCAUCUCGUCAAGGAAAACGACCAUACUCCAAGAAUCAUUCCUUUGACUCAUAAAUUGCAUAAAAUAGACGAAAGAAGCAUUGUUCUUAUAACCAACGAUCCGGUUAAUUUUUAUAAAGAUGAACUACAGAAGAAGGAUCUGCCCACGGAAGACCUCUUCCGCCAGGUGAUUUCCUUCACCAAGGCUAAACUGUUUGGUCAUAGCAAAAAAGCACUUGUUAGGCUUUACAAAGAAAACGACAUUGUUUUGGCAGAUGCUCGUAUUCAUAAAAAAUUGCCUGACGUGCUAGGGCCUCAGUUCUACGCCAGAAACAAGAAGGUACCAUACAUUGUACAGAUGGCCAAGCCUGAGCCAGGGAUCAGAACACACGGAAAGAGAGAGCUUCGUGUUGACCCCAAGUACGUUAGAAGCCAAGUUAAGGCCAUUACAGGGAACACUUCCUAUAUUCCUCCAGCUGGAGGAUAUUGCAUUCACAUUGUGGUUGGGUAUACGGACUGGAAAACACUGGAGAUCCUAACCAACAUCAAUGACGUCAUACUGUACCUAGUGGACGAGAAGUAUAAGCCGGUAGGCGGUCUUCUAGGCAGAGUUAGCAAUUUGCAUAGCGUUCUUAUACGUACCAGUGAUAGUAUAGCGAUGCCAGUUCUCAAGAAGAAGGAAGAGGCCGAUGAAGAGGACGAUUCAGGCAGCGACUUUGACUUUGAAUAA